GACUUAUCAUUUGCUUCCCUGAUAACGAUAUCCCUCACGUCCACGGGAUGCAUUCCGGAGUCGGCUCGCCUUGAUAGUAGACGAGGGGCAGUCGGUUUGGGAACCCGGAGUGGGUGCCAUGGGCCUCCACAUCUAUGAACCAAAGAAUAGAGGGAAAAAAAUAUAUAAAUUCUGGGGAAAGUCGUGCAAAUGGAUACCUUGGGUGCGCAGGUUAAUUUCCCACAUACUACCAGACAUUCCUUGUUCUCGUACACACGAUGAGACUCAAUCGCACCAUAUCGGUUGUGGGCUGCCAUUGCGCCGGUGAGAUUGGCGAUGUCAUUGUCGGUGGCGUUCUAAAUCCACCGAACUGCAAGACGAUGUAUGAAAAGCUCCUCUAUUUCCAGAAUGAAGCAGACGACGUCCGACAACUCCUGAUGAACGAACCACGAGGCCGACCGGCCAUGUGUAUGAACCUCGUCCUCCCGCCCUGCGAUCCCCGCGCUGACGCCGGGUUUAUCAUUAUGGAGAGCGAUGAGUAUCCUCCCAUGUCCGGCGGGAAUACGAUCUGCACGGCGACGGUAUUGUUGGACACGGGCAUGGUGAAAAUGACGGAGCCUGUGACGAAGUUGGUCCUGGACACACCGUCGGGCCUGGUUGGGGUGACAGCAGAUUGUGAAGAUGGAAAAUGCAAAGCCAUCGCCUUUGAUAAUGUGCCCAGCUUUGUAUACAAGUUGGAUCUUCCGGUGGAUGUGCCGGGACUGGGAGUCGUGAAUGUUGAUAUUGCCUGGGGGGGGAUGCAUUAUGCCAUCGUGGACGCUCGGUCCAUCGGUCUCAAAAUCGCCAAUGAGAAUGGUCCGAAGCUGAUUGAACUGGGUGAGAGAAUCAAACAGGCCGUGAGAAACACCUAUACACCGGUGCAUCCGGAAAAUGACCAGAUCAGGGAGGUCACAAUAAUUGAGUUCACCGAGCCACUGCACCAGGAGGGUGACAAGAGAGUCGCCGUGAAUACGGUGGUCGUCUCUCCUGGAAGGUUUGAUCGGUGCCCGUGCGGCACAGGAAGCUCGGCCAGAAUGGCCGUCUUGCACGCCAGGGGCGAACUCCAAGUCGGGGAGAGUUUCGUCCACCAGAGUAUUAUCGGAUCCACUUUCACCUGCCAUAUACGAGGAACCACCAAGGUCGGUCAAUAUGAUGCGGUCUUGCCAACGGUCAAGGGCAGUGCCUGGAUCACUGGCUUCAAGCAGAUGGUCUUGGACCCGUCCGACCCUUUUCCAGCUGGCUUCCGGGUGGGUGAUCAAUGGCAUGUCCGUCAAGAGCAUUGAUCUAUUUGUCGAGGUUUGGUGGUGUUCGAGGGGUACCUUGAGUAUUUUAAGCAUUAAGAGCCGCCGCAGGUGGCCUAGCAAGCGAGAAGCCGAUGAGCGUUUUACCUAGAACCGUGUCCAGGCUCCCUCCAUGUUCUGCAUAGUCAUUUUCCCCAGUACUAAGCUUCAUGAUGUAUUGGGACGAUUCCAACCGCUUCAGGUAGACAGGCGAUCAUUCUUGCUCUUCAUCAUAUAAUAGGGUUCAUUCAUCUCCCUGACCACCGUAGAUUGCCAGUGGGUCUGUAAACCAAGGGUUUUCAUAAGAAGGUCACGAUGUGGAAAAGGAUCAACACGGAGGCCGGGGCUCCAUAACCAUGCGAGAGAAGAUACAGGAUUUCAACUACAGUUUGUAUUGUCCUCCUUUAAUAGAACCUUUUAGAGAACGCCGAAGUAUAUUCACCUGCUCCUAUGGCUCAGUUGGUAGAGCGCAUGACUAGUGAUCAUGAGGUCCGCGGUUCAAAUCCGCGUGGGAGCAUUUCUUUUUUUUCUCCUUUUCCACUUUUGGCCUCCCACGGGAGCUUCUGUACCGACAAUCGUAUCAAGUUACUGCUUAGUUCCCGGACAGAUGUCUUGCCCUGACAAAAUACAUUAUUUUGUGAACCAUCGAUCCCUUCUUGACUCUGGAAAA